AUGGCAUCCGACGGAACACCGGUCGCGGAGGCUCUCCCGUCUGAAUUGGGGAACGCCAUCGCGGCUUUGAACACAUGGAGCAACCCGGACCUCCAGGCCAAGCUGGCCGAGCUCGGAGCACCAAACAUGGGUCCUCGGGAGGAGCUCAUUGACAGGCUGAAAAGUUACAUGAUCCAGACUGGAAUCAUCCUUACAAAACCAAAUGAUGACAAAAUGGCCUCUCAGAUGUCUGUGAUUCCACCCAUGCCCCCCAUGCCCAUGCCGCCAAUGCCUCCAGGCAUGAGCAUGCUCCAACCUCUGCCCAUGAUGCCCCCGGGAGCCCCCCCUCCGCCCCGCAUCCCCAUGGGCCUGGAGCACGCUCCCCUGCCGCCUCCGGGCCUGUCCCAGGACGACCAGCUGAAGAUGGCUCAGCAGAGAGCCGCCAUGGUUCUACAGCAGGAGGAACGGGCCAAGCAGCAGGCUGCGGUGAUGUUGGAGCAGGAGCGGCAGCAGGAGAUGGUCAAGAUGCAGACGAGAUCCCUGCCCACGGUUUCAAUCUUGGAUCCUCGAGGUCCGCUUCCUCCUGGUGUCACCAUGCUGCCCCCUCAGAAGCAGAGGGUGCCGCCUCCUCCAGGAGAAGAUAACAAGGAGCUCUGGCAGAAUGAGGAAAUAAGUGUCGGCGGGCCUAAAAUCCCCCAGGUCCUGGAGAAGAUCCUCCAGCUGAAGGAGAUCAGGCAGGAGCAGCUCACUGAUGCACCAGAGGAGGAUGACGAUGACGGAGAGAUGGAUGCUAACAAUUCCUCCGCUCAAGCGAUGUCUGAAACGGAAGACGGCCAGAUGUCUAAAAAAGAUAAAAACCGCAAACGCAGGAACCGCAAAAAGAAGAGCAAGAAGAAGCGAGCGCUGGAAAAGAAGGAGCAAGCUGAACAACAACAACAGCAGCAGCAGCAGAAGAAGAAGGAAGGCAGCGAGAAGGAGAAAGAGAAGGACAAAGAUAAAGACAAAGGAAAAGACCCAGAGGUGGAGAUCGAGUACGUCACCGAAGAGCCGGAGAUCUACGACCCAAACUUCAUCUUCUUCAAGAGGAUCUUCGAAGCGUUUAAGCUGACUGACGACGUGAAGAAAGAGAAAGAAAAGGAGCCAGAGAAGGCCGAAAAGCAGGAGGCGGUCGGAAUGUUGCGGAAAAAAGGCUUCGAAUUGGAGAGGAAGGACAGCGACGACAGCGAUGAUGAUGCCAAACCAGAUGUACCAAAACUGUCCAAGAAGAAGCUGAGGAGGAUGAACAGGCUGACGGUGGCUGAACUCAAACAGUUGGUGGCCCGUCCAGACGUGGUGGAGAUGCAUGAUGUGACGGCGCAGGAGCCCAAGCUGCUGGUCCACUUAAAGGCCACCAGGAACACGGUGCCAGUGCCGCGCCAUUGGUGCUUCAAAAGAAAGUACCUGCAGGGAAAGAGAGGUAUCGAGAAGCCUCCGUUUGAGCUGCCCGAGUUCAUCCGGAGGACAGGAAUCCAGGAGAUGAGGGAGGCCCUGCAGGAGAAGGAGGAUGCCAAAUCCAUGAAAACCAAAAUGAGGGAGAAGGUACGACCCAAGAUGGGGAAGAUUGACAUCGACUACCAGAAGCUCCACGAUGCUUUCUUCAAAUGGCAAAUCAAACCAAAACUCACCAUCCAUGGAGACCUUUACUACGAGGGUAAAGAGUUUGAAACCCGCCUGAAAGAGAAAAAGCCAGGAGAUUUGUCAGAUGAGCUGCGGAUUGCUCUGGGCAUGCCAGUUGGACCUAACGCUCACAAGGUGCCGCCUCCCUGGUUGAUCGCCAUGCAGAGGUACGGACCCCCUCCCUCCUACCCCAACCUCAAGAUCCCCGGACUCAACUCCCCAAUCCCAGAGAACUGCACGUUCGGUUACCACGCCGGUGGGUGGGGGAAGCCCCCAGUAGACGAGAUGGGCAAACCUCUGUACGGCGACGUGUUUGGGACCAAUGCAACAGAUUUCCAGUCUAAGGCGGAGGAGGAAGAGGUGGACCACACGCCGUGGGGGGAGCUGGAGCCUUCGGAUGAGGAGUCGUCGGAGGAGGAAGAGGAGGAGGAGAGCGACGAAGAGAAGCCAGAUGAAACCGGAUUCUUCACACCAGCAGACAGUGGCUUAAUCACUCCCGGAGGCAUCUCCUCAGUACCAGCCGGCAUGGAGACUCCAGAGCUGAUCGAGCUGAGGAAGAAGAAGAUCGAGGAAGCCAUGGAUGGAAACGAGACACCGCAGCUUUUCACCGUUCUACCAGAGAGACGAACUGGGGCUGUAGGAGCGGCCAUGAUGGCCUCAACGCACAUCUACGACAUGACAGGGGUUGGACGCAAAACCGGUGGAGGGCAGGAGUCGCAGGGUGUGGAGGUGGCCCUGGCCCCUGAAGAGUUGGAGCUGGACCCGAUGGCCAUGACUCAGAAAUACGAGGAGCAUGUCAGAGAGCAGCAGGCCCAGGUGGAGAAGGAGGACUUCAGCGACAUGGUGGCCGAGCACGCCGCCAAGCAGAAGCAAAAAAAGCGGAAGGCCCAGCCGCAGGACACACGAGGCGGUGCCAAGAAGUACAAAGAGUUCAAGUUCUAGAGAAACGCCAACAGCAGGCACCGCACCGAGCCGGCCGCAGCAGGAUGUGAAACGGAGAGAGACGUGCUCCGGUUUCAGUUUCGGAGGAUGUACACAACAGCACCAAUCGACUGUUUAGAUCAGUACCGACUUUUUGUUCCCUUUUUUUUUUUUUUGCAUCAACAAUGUCGUCUGGCAACAUGUCAUGUAAUUGGUGUCAUGUGCAUUUCCUGUUUAACUUGUACUUUUUAGGUCUAUUGGGCUAUUUUUCCACCAUUUUGGUUUUUUUUUUCCUUCAGUUUUUUUUUUUGUAAAUAAAUGAUGUGAUGUCACAAACA